AUGGAGGUUGCCGAGAGUUCAGUAAUCGGAUUUCCGAAUCCAAUAUCCUCCCUGGAAGGCGGAAAAAAGAAGAAAAAGAAGUCGCAUAAGUCCAAAUACAGGAAUUCAUCCCUUACAACUGCGGGCACGAACGGAAUUGUGUCUUCCCCUCCCCCGGAAGAAAAUGAGCCACGACCCUCGAAGCGCAAGCGUGAAAGUGAACCGGGGCACAAGAAGAAAAAGAAGAAGAAGAAGAAGCACCACGAAGCAGAGAACGAUGCCAACGAGGAACCAGAUGCUCAGGACACGAAUCAAGUGUCUAUAGACGUCGCGCAAGAGGAGCAGGAGCAAAAUCACGAUGUCGAGAUGCAACUCGCAGCCUCUCUUUCGAAAGAGCCUCAGGACUCGGACCAGAAUCGAUUUGCACAGGCCCUUUCACCUGAAGAUCUUUCUGGGCCGAAACAUGAAGAGUCCCCAGACAUGGAACCCAAUGGUACGCCCAGUGGAGGUCGACUGAAGAAAAAGCGAGGACCCCGCAUUGGCGGCAAAAACAAGCAGAAAGUUGGAUUCUUCGUCGAGGAAGAAAUCAAAGCACUGGAGGAUCUUAAGAUUAGAUUUUGCAACGCCCGUGGACUUGAAGGGCGUGUUUUUGAUGAGAUGGUCCAGCAUUCUGAGCGUGGCGGCGGUGAAUGGCCAGUCCCAACCAGUCUCUGCACGAAGACCGAUUUCUGGAAUGACAUCUAUGCGUUGAUUCCCGACAGAGACCGCCGGUCUGUAUACCGGUUCAUGCGUCGACACUUUCAAGAUACGACACAAAAGGCACACGACUGGACUCCUGACCAGGAUGAAGAGCUCAUCGCGUUAUAUGCUCGACAUGGGCCUAAGUAUGCGCAUAUUGCCAGGAUUCUCGGCCGUAGUGAUGACGAUGUGACACAGCGGUGGAAGAACCGCCUACAGCAUCGGAAUACGAAGAACUCAGGAGCAUGGAGUGAGACCGAGUUACGCGCAUUCGUGAAAGCUUUGGAGUCGAUCUGGAACACAAUCAAAAAUUCAGAUGAAUCUCAUAGGGCAGGCAAGGAUAUCUGGGAGAUGGACCUCAAACUUAUUGGAUGGGGUAUUGUGAGUAACGAAAUGAAGAAUGCCCGGACUCGUCAGCAGUGCGCAGAUAAAUGGCGCAAGAUACGGAGAACAAUGCUCAUUACGCGUCAGACUGUUGAUCCGAAUGCUGUGUUUGAUCCUGCUGCCGCUGCAAACAAGUAUUCACGGUGGAACGAGCGGUCAAUGAGCAUGAAGAGCCAGGAAUUUGUCGGAGAAGACGACGACGACGUUGACAACAAUGGCGAGGAUGGCAACAGUAUAUUUGGCAGCACGCCAGCAAUGAUUCCCAAGCAGGAAUUCGCAACGCAGCAACAUACUGUGGAUCUUGCACAAGUCGCCAAAGAAGAUUCGAUCGUAUCCUCGUCACCUGAGCCAAGGGAUAUUGAGGCAAAUGGCGCACGCAGCGAUAUCAAGACAAAGAAGCGCAAGCAGGCUGAGAUAGAAGAACCUGCCGCCGAGGAGGAUGAUGCGGAGGCUGAGACUGCGGCGCCUUCUUCGCCCGUCUCUGCAAAGUCUCACAAAGAAGACAAACAGGAGAGAAAGCGGAGGAGGAGGGAGAGGAAAGAGCGGAGGAAACUAGAGGCUGCCGCUGUCGCCGACGCGGUCGAAACCGCGACAAACGAGAGCGAGAAACCAACGAAACGCAAUAAGCAUAAGAAGUCGCUAGAUGCCGCCGGAGUCGAACAGGAUGUCUCCGUCACCACGCCCGAAAAGAAGAAAAAGAAAAAGCAUCGCAAGUCCGAAGCGAAUGGCACCGCGAUGGAGGAACCUGAGCAGGUCGAGCUCUCCACGAAGAAGAGCAAGAAGGACAAAAAGAAGAAAAGGAAUGCCAUCCAGAAAGAGGCUGUAGAGAUUAAUGACGUGGACGAAACCGAGGCUCCCGCGGCGGCCGCUGAGCAGCACCAACCUAUGUCUGACAGCCAUGAUGACUCGGGCGAUGAGGGCAGCGACAUGCUGGACAUCAAGUCGGAAGGAGAAGAAUCGGAGUGA